AUGUCUACGGGAAAGGCAGUCAUAUGCGGAGCGGGUUUCCUAGGUGCAUGCUAUGCGCGCAUAUACGUUCUGUUUCCUGACAACCCACAAGGUACCCAUAUUGCACGCGCUGUCUCUGCAACUCGCCCAGUCCAGGGUAUCUCGAGGUCCGCAGACAAGCUUGACGCGACUCUGCGCCCACUCAUCUUGACGGACAAACUGCUUCCGUCCAGAGCAGCCGACAUCAGAAAGAUUGACACGCUCAGACCCAUCUUCAAGGAUGCCAGUGUUGUCGUGUCCCUGGUUGGUAUCCUCAACGAGACGUGGGAGCAGUUCGAAGAGAUCCAUGUACAGGGUGCAUGCAAUGUCGCGCAAGUCGCGCACGACGUCGGCGCAAAGCUUAUCCACAUCAGCGCCAUUGGCGCCGAUGAGAAUAGCCCUAUCCUCUACGCCAAGUCGAAGGGGUUGGGCGAGCGCGCCGUCCUCAGAGUCUGUCCCGACGCGACCAUCAUACGACCGAGCUUGGUCUUUGGUCCUGAAGAUUCAUUCUUCAAUCGCUUCGCCACUCUAUCCAAGUACCUCCCCUUCCUUCCUGCAUUCGGGGGUGGAACAGCCAGAUUUCAGCCUGUGUAUGUGGACGACAUUGCCAAGGCAAUCGAGAUCAUCUCCAGGCGCAAUCGCGGCAUGGACACUCGUGUGGCAGGAAAGAUCUUCGAGGCGGGUGGACCAGAAAUCUUUACCUGGCGGGAAAUUAUGGAGCUUGUCCUCAAGUAUAGUGGCCGAACGCGCCCUGUCAUUAGUCUGCCAUUCGCUUUGGGCAAGAUGCAGGGUGCGGUGCUCGAGCAACUGCCAGAGAACCUCUUUACGGUCACUAGAGAUCAGGUAGAGACGCUCAGGUACGACAACAUCGUCAAAGAUACAUCGACAUGCCCAGCGUCGUCUUUCUCGGACCUGCUGGCCACGCAAAGGCACAAGCUGACGAGCGUCCAUGAGGUAGUGCCGAAGUACCUUGGGCAAUAUCAGUGA